UUGGUGGGGGAGAGUCAGGCCCUGUUGUUGUGUAUGGAGUGUGUGGUGCAGUUCCCGCCGCGGCCUGUGAGCGGCGCUCUCGCCGGAAGUGAAGCGCGGAGGCUUCAAACGCCCGCUCGAGCGCAGUGCGGGCGGCGACAUGGCUGACGGCGUGGAUCACAUCGACAUCUACGCCGAUGUCGGCGAGGAGUUUAACCAGGAGUCUGAAUACAGUGGACAUGAUCAGAUAGAUUUGUAUGAUGAUGUUAUAUCACCAUCUGCCAAUAAUGGAGAUGCACCAGAAGAUCGUGAUUAUAUGGACAGCCUUCCACAGUCUGUUACAGAUGAUGGUGGAAAGUCUUCCAAUUCUAUGGGCCCAAACAUUGUCUAUACCUACACUGGGAAGAGAAUAGCUUUGUAUAUUGGAAAUCUGACAUGGUGGACCACCGAUGAGGAUUUGACAGAAGCUCUUCAUUCUAUGGGAAUAAGUGAUGUUUUAGAGAUUAAGUUUUUUGAAAACCGGGCAAAUGGACAGUCAAAAGGGUUUGCACUCAUUUGCGUGGGAUCUGAAGCAUCCUCUAAGAAGCUGCUGGAUAUGCUUCCCAAGCGAGAUAUGCAUGGACAGAAUCCCAUUGUCACGCCAUGCAACAAACAAUCCCUCAGUCAGUUUGAAAUGCAGUCUAGAAAAUCUACUCAGUCUGGGCAGAUGUCGGGGGAAGGCAAAGCUGGGCCUCCUGGAGCCAGUAGUCGCUUAGCAUUUUCCCAAAGUGGAAGGGGACGUGGCCGUUUUCCACCAAAUGGUCCUGGUGGGGACAGAUUUCCAGGGCCUCCUGGUCCGGGAGGGCCUCCACCUUUUCCUGCACCCUUCACGCGGGGUAGCGUCCCGGAGCGCUUGAUUCACCACAUUUUUUCUGGGCAAGGUCCACCACGGCCACCUCUAGGUCCUCCUGGCCCACCAGGCCCUCCAGGGCCGCCUCCACCCGGUCAAGGCCUUCCUCCUCCACUAGGCGGCCCACCGAAUCGUGGUGAUCGCCCACCACCCCCAGUUAUGUUUCCAGGGCAGCCGUUUGGGCAACCACUAGGACCUCUCCCUCCUGGUCCUCCACCUCCAGUCCCAGGAUAUGGUCCUCCUCCUGGCCCCCCUCCUCCUCAGCAAGGUCCCCCUCCACCACCUGGCCCUUUCCCACCACGUCCUCCAGGUCCAAUUGGUCCUCCAAUUAACUUGGCCCCCCCUCCUCCACAUCUUCCUGGUCCUCCUCCAGGGGCACCACCUCCAGCCCCUCAUGUCAAUCCUGCCUUUUUCCCACCACCAGCCAAUAGUGUUGUUCCUUCCUCUGACAGUCGUGGACCCCCUCCAUCAGAUCCAUAUGGACGUCCUCCACCAUAUGACCGAGGGGACUAUGGGCCUGCUGGCAGAGAUAUGGAUUCCUCAAGAACUCCACUGAGUGAAGCAGAAUUUGAAGAAAUAAUGAAUCGAAACAGAGCCAUUUCUAGCAGUGCAAUAUCAAGGGCCGUGUCCGAUGCUAGUGCAGGUGAUUACGGAAGUGCUAUUGAGACUCUGGUUACUGCUAUUUCUUUGAUUAAGCAGUCAAAAGUAUCUGCUGAUGAUCGUUGCAAAGUUCUCAUAAGUUCCCUACAGGAUUGUCUUCAUGGAAUAGAGUCAAAAUCGUAUGGUUCUGGGUCAAGAAAACGUGAACGCUCACGAGAGAGAGACCACAGCAGGUCACGAGAAAAAAGCAGACGUCACAAAGAGCGCUCACGGAGUCGUGAUCGACAUGAUGAUUAUUACCGAGAAAGAAGUAGAGAGCGGGAAAGGCAUCGCGAUCGUGAUCGAGACCGAGAGAGGGACAGAGAACGAGAGUAUCGUCAUCGUUAAAAUAGUUGUCUGAAGAGGAACAUCUCGCAAGAUCAAAAGAACAGCAAGGCUCUUCACAGAAAAGACUGCCCUUUAUCCCUCUGUUGGAAUUUCAUGGUUGAACAGGAAUUCUCAGGCUACGUGGUUAAAUGGAGCAACAGUAAUGAAUAAAGCAAAUCCACUGUAAUGGUAACUGAUUGCUCUACUUUUUUUUAUGUUGCUUGAUUAACCAUUUUAUUUGGACACAACCUGUGUGACUUAAAAGUUACUAAAAGCUUUGGCAUCCCUAUUCAUAUUCUAAGCGUUAGAUGUCCAUGAUGUGUAUACAAUUAAAAGUUGUUAGCUUCACUGAAUGUUUUUAUAGUUCUUUCAUCUUGUUACCAAAAUUGUUACAAAAAAUGUUAAUGUUCAAAUAAUGACUGUAAGCAGCUCAGUUUCAGUUUACCUAAAUAGAUGUACUAUUAGUGUUGUAAUAAACUGUUAAAUGGAGCCUGCAGUUGUGUAGAUUAUGGAAGUUCUCGGAUUCAGUUUCUUUAAAGAAUGUUGAAUCUUUUGAAAGUUGUAUGUUGUGGUGUAUUCAUUGACAAACUCCAGCAUUUGUAUAAUUUGCUCUUCUUGGAUACUUAAGAAUUUUGGUUUGGUGCUUCUUUUGGUUGAUUACCUUCCAUUGCAGUUUAAUAGAGGUGUAUCUUUGCGAUAAGAGUAAUCAGUGAUGGUUAAAUGAGCACAUUUAAAAUCUUUCAGUCAGUAUCUUAGACAUACAAAUCAGAGCAUUACAUUCUUUAACAUGUUUUUUUUGUAUGUCUAAACAUGAUGAAUUCCGAUUCCUGUGGAAACAAAAUUAAGAACCACUUAUUUUAAAUUCCAACUCAGCAAAAUAUUGGAAGGGGGAACAGAUGGUAUGCUUCUGAAAUGUUAAAAGCAUUGCAUUGUAUAUUAAUGCAGGAUAUUUAAUUGGGAUAGCAAAUAUUUUGCCUUUACUAAUCUGAACACAGUACAAGACAAUUCGAAUGUAGAUAAUAGAAGCUCAUAUUUAAAUUGUUCUUGUAGUAUUUGAGAAUGAAAGUUCUGUAUCUGUUUAUUUUGCUUAAAUAAUUUGCUUUUGGAAAAAACACCAAAACCUCUGCACACUGCUUUUAGUUUUCAAGGGAAGACACAGUUAAUUUUUUGUGCUUUGUAGCCUUGUGUUUUUUUAAUUAGGUAAUGUUUUUGUAUGUACGUUUAAAAAGGCAGUUUGUGUAGAUUACAUUUUGAUGGUUUUAAUCUACAAAAAACAAGUUGGUACAAAGGAUAUUACAGCAUUAACUUUCUGUUUAAAAGUACUGACUAUUUGCACUGCAUAGUCUUAAAAUGAUCAAUAUGUGAAACUUGAGACCACUUUCAGCCAAAUGCAAACAAUGUUUAAUUUAUAAAGGUAUGAAUGGUUUGGUCUAAAGCACGUCUGUUCGUUGGAAAAUGGUAUGUGUUUUAACAGAUCGACAGAGUAAUAAUGAUAGUUCUGUGGUCAACUUGUUUCUCCAGUGGUAAUAUUGGAUUCCUUUUUAGAGGCCCCAGGUUUGGGUAAUAACCUUGACUGAACUUUGGUCUCAGGUUCUGUCAGUCAUACCCAGGCCAUUGGAUACAAGUGCCUUGUGGUAUUGUGCCAAAAUUAAGCAGUAGGCCUUUCCUUUACAACAAUAUGUUUAGUAGGUUGGAGCACUAUUAAUGCAUCCAUGGAGUUGACUUUUUUGCUAGACAAAUAAUACAAAUGUGGGGAAAUGGAAGUGUGAAGAGAAGGGGAAAUUGUUUUUCUUAUUAUAAUCACUAUUCAUAGUCUUUCCAAAGGUCAGUAAAACUAGAUGUGUUGAAUCCUAGACUAGUCAAACUCAUCUAUUCUCAGUUACGCAGCAAUACCUAGUUUCAUUUUUUUUGUUUAGCUCUUCCCUACCUGUCCCACACAGAAAAUAUCAGCAUUAGUUGUAGCCAUAGAAUAUCAAUCAGUAUCGUGUAUGUCCCUUACAGUUUGAAAAAUUCCAAUGUGCAAUUUAUCUGGAUAUGUAUUUUUGGAAAGUCAAUUUAAUUCCUUAUGUUUCAUCAAUGAAUAGAUGGUUGAAUGUUAUUGUAAAAUGUACAAAUUAGUAUCUCUUCCUAAAGGACACUUCCAUGUCUGUUCCAAUUUCUUUUAAUUCUAAAAGUGAUAACUUCAUUUUUGUUGCACUUGUCCUCAGCUGUAAAUCUGAGUUGCUUCAAUCUGUGUGAAUGUUUGGCUGGGUGUAGGUAAAUUAAUUGUUGGUCAAACCUAGAAAAUGACUAUUG